AUGUCGUAUCUCCUCUAUCUUUUCCUGUUCUUGGCGUGCGUGUCCUUGGCAAGUGCUGGAGAAUAUGUUCGUGUAUGUUACUACACAAACUGGUCUCAGUACAGACCUGGACCGAUGAAAUAUUUCCCAGAGAAUGUGGAUCCGUCUCUGUGCACCCACGUUGUCUAUGCGUUCGCAGAAAUUCGCAAAGGUCACAUCUUGAAACUGCGCGAGUGGAAUGAUAAUAAGAUGAUUGCAAAAUUUAACAAUAUCAAAAAGGUUUGUGUGAAGUAUAUUUGUAAUGAUGCAAAGUGUGUCCUCACCGGGCAAGCUGAAUUUUGCUUCCGGUGAGACUUACAAGUACUAGUCCGAUGCUCUACCAACUGAACUGUUCGCAAUGAUGUUUGCAACAAUCUUGUAGCAAGCUUGUCAACAAGUUGUAACAAUGCUGUUAUUUUAUCAAGUUGCUACAAGGUUGUCACUCACAACUUGUUGACAAAUUGUUGAAUCAAUUGCUGGACGAUACCAAGUUGUUGGAACAACUUGUAACAAGUUUGUUGAACUUGUAGCAAGUUGUCAACAAGCAGUGCGAACACAUCCUGUUGACAAGUUGUUGGAACAGCAUUAUAACAAACGUACUUGCAGGGAGGUGAGUCCGGGAUUGGACGCACCGAGGGUGGCUGGAAGUUUCCCGAACUUACCGAGCGAAGCGAGGUGAGUUCGGGAAACUUCCAGCCACCCGAGGUGCGUCCAAUCCCGGACUCACCGAACCUGCAAGUACGUUUGGUUUUUAUCCCAUACACCGAGCCAUACACACAUUUGUAGCUCUUCGCGAUAUAUUCGUCGUCUCGUCGAUGUUUUGUGAACAUUUUCCCGGCCAAAAAAAUCACUGGGCAAGAAAAUACUUCUUUAUCUACGUCUAAAUUACCUUUACUGCAUUAUUUCUUUGGUUUUUCUUCAGUCUCAGUAUGUUAGUCACCGAAAAAAGUUCUUUAAAGUUUAGGUUUAUCGGCUAAAGGCCUGUUUAAACGGAUCCAACAUUGUUGGACCAACAUCAUCCAACAAUGUUACUAUACUAGAUAUGACCGCUUCUCUUUCAAAUCGUUUUCGUUAGAUAAGCUUUACUCAAACCCUAAACCUAGUCUUGACAAAAUAUUUGAAAAAGAAGCCGUUUGAGCCAUUAUUUCAACAAUGUUGGAUGAUGUUGGCCCAACAAUGUUGGAUCCGUUUAAACAGGGCUUAAAUCUUGUCCGCCAUAUUUGUUAUUGUUAUUGCAACGUAAGCAGUUUAUCAGGUGAGUUCGGGCGAAAAGCAGGUGAGCUCGACAAAAAGCAGGUGAGCUCGACGACAAGCUCACCUGCUCUAGACCAAUCAGAAAGCCGCUUUUAACACAGGUAUGGGAUAAUGUUACAAGUCUACUGCAGGUUUGUUACAACUUGUGCGUUUUUACGUGUGUACGAGGUCAAAGUCGAUUCGAGUGUGUGAUAUUUCGGAUAUCAGUAUGUUUUUAAAGUAAUUAUAAAAGCAUACUCGUCUGAUCAUGCAUUCGAAUCAACCAUUCAUUAUAGCCAAUCAAUCAAUAUUCCAAUCAAUAUGUUUAUUCUGAUCAACCAUUCCGAUCACCCAUUUCAAUUCUAAAACUGCCUGCAUUUUUUCCCAUUCAGGCCUAUGCACAUCUCAAAACCUUGCUCGCAGUCGGUGGAUGGAAUCAUGAAAACGGUCCCGUGAGUAAAUUCUCCCAAAUGGUGAAGACACCCCAGAGCCGAGAAAUCUUCAUUGAUUCAGCGAUUGCACUCCUUCGUAAAAAAGGCUUCGACGGUUUUGAUUUGGACUGGGAGUACCCAGGCAACCGGGGAAAUUCUCCCCCAGAAGAUAAGCAACUGUUUAGCGUCCUGUGCGAAGAGCUCUUGAAAGCGUUCGAGUCCGAAGCGGCGGCAAGUGGUAGCAAACGAUUAUUGUUGACAGCCGCAGUUGCUGCCGGUGUCGAAACCGUUAAAAAAGCGUACGAAAUUUCAAGGAUUGCAAAGAGUCUGGACUGGGUCAACUUGAUGGCGUAUGAUCUCCAUGGCAAAUGGGAGACGAAGACUGGACACAACGCGGCCAUGCAAGGUAUUUGCAUACUGAUCGAAAUAGUAGACUAGAUAGCGUUCACUGGUGGGGAAAAUCACUAGAAAUACAAAUACGCCCAAGGGAGAACCGACUAAACGUCUCUUUCGUUUCAAUACAAAUUUUCAAAAUGCCAGGUAAACGCACGAUUUUGAAAUGUGCCGAAAACAGGCAUACCAUAUAGCACAAAUCGUGGCUAUUAAGUAUGCCGAAAACAGGCGUACGAAACCAGGCAUGCCUUAAUUGUAGCCACAAACCAUGGCUGUAAGGUAUGCCAAAAAUAGGCCCACUUUUUAGCCACAAACCGUGGCUAAAAGGUACGCCGAAAACAGGCGUACUUUAUAGCCACCAAAUAACAACAAAAUUGAAAGUUAAUGAGAGUCGGCGGUCAAACUCGAGCGCAAGAUAUAUUUCAUCAACUCUCGUCCUUGGAUUUAUUCCAUUCAACUUUAAAUCAAACAUGUUCUUGCUCACUGUAGGGAAUGACAAACUCUCUGUGACCGAUGCCGUGGAACUCUGGACAACGGAAGGAAUGCCAGCGAAAAAAAUAGCUCUUGGUAUGGGACUGUACGGUCGCGCUUUCAAACUUCAGUUUCCUGCGAACCACAGCCUGGGCGCCCCAGCUCGUGGGGACCCUAACGAAGGGAAAUAUACAAUGGAGUCUGGCUUCCUGUCAUUCUACGAAAUUUGUUCCCAAAAUGAAUUGACUGUUAUCGACCAAAAUCCGGCAGGAGCACCGUACGGGUAUUCUGGUGAUCUGUGGGUUGGUUUUGAUACACCCGAGAGUUUGGUAAAGAAAGUUGGAUUUUUAAAGAAAAAAGGUAAGUUUGUUACUUUGACAUGGAACUCCAUGGACCAUUAACAAGGGUAGACAAAAUAUUGGACCAUGGGGCCAAAUGGUCCAAGAAAAGUGAUCAGAAUGUUUUUGGUUGUAGCGAGAAUGUAAGAUAGUAGAUGGAAUUAAUGAUAUAGAUACAAAGAAGAAAAAAAAACAAAACAAAUAGGUGAACUGAUGGGAGACGUUGCUGUAGAUGCGACGUCAACAAUUGACUUGGAGGGCAAGGCCCAAGGGUGGUCAAGUUUAACAACUUAAUGCAUACUAAAUAAAUUAGGCCUUUUAAACUGACUGUACUCGAUAACCUAUGGCAUUCAAUUCAAAUACCAAAACCAAAAUAAUGGUAGAAUGUUUUGUUCUGUCACGAUAAGACGGCGAUUUGGAACGGACGACAUCUCACAAAAUAUCUUAUAAGCUCCUCCAUUAAAAUCCUCCAUUAACAACCAACAUUUACCGCUUGACGAGUCAAGAAAAUCGUCAAUCCUGUCUGUAUACAUCAUCUUUACAUCCCUAUUUUGCUAUAUAUAGGUCUGCGUGGUGCCAUGUUUUGGGCUGUAGACUUAGAUGACUUUACAGGUGUGUGUAACGUGAAAAAUCCACUGCUCACUGCCGUUACCAAGGCUUUGAAAGGUACCAUGACUGGGCUUGAAGAUACGGAGGGUGGGACUGGCGAUGAGACUGGAGGUAAUGGAAGGGGGACUGGAGGGGGGACUAGUGGUGAGACUGGAGGUGGGACUGGUGGUGAGACUGGUGGUGAGACUAGAGGUGGGAUUGGAGGUAAUGGACGCGGGACUGGUGUUGAGACAGGAGGUACUGAGGAUGGGACUAGAGGUAAUGGAGGUUGGGAUGCGAGUGAGAUUGAAGGUAAUGGAGGCAGGAUUGGAUGUAAUGGAGGUGAGACUGGAGGCGGGACUGGAGGUCGGACUGCAGGUGAGACUGAAGGUCAUGGAGGCGGGACUGCUCGAGGUAAUGGAGGUGGGACUGCAGGCGAGACUGACGGUAAUGGAGGUGGGAUUGCAGGUGAGACUGGAGGUAAUGGACUAGGUGGGACUGGAGGUAAUGGAGGUGGGACUGCAGGUGAGACUGAUGGUAAUGGAGGUGGGAUUGCAGGUGAGACUGACUGUAAUGGAAGUGGGAUUGCAGGUGAGACUGGAGGUAAUGGAGGUGGGACUGGAGGUGGGACUGCAGGUGAGACUAAAGGUAAUGGAGGCGGGACUGCUGGAGGUAAUGGAGGUGGGACUGCAGGUGAGACUGACGGUAAUGGAGGUGGGAUUGCAGGUGAGAUUGGAGGUAAUGGAGGCGGGACUGGAGGUAAUGGAGGCGGAGCUGGAAUUGGAUGCAAUGGAGGUGAGACUGGAGGUAACGGAGGUGGGCCUGGUGGUACCGGGGAUGGGACAGGAGGUAAUGGGGGUCAGAUGGGAAAUAUAAAGCCCGGAUCAUGUCGAGGUGUGCCACCUUGGGCCACUCCAGCAAUGGACAAAUGGUGCAAUGACAACUGCCCACGUGGUUUUUGUCCAGCGUCACGCUGCAAGUGCGAAUACAUCACCAAAAGCGGUUCAGGAGGUGCGACUGGAGGUAUUGGGGAUGGGGGCAAUGGAGGUGGGACUGGGGGCAAUGGAGGUGAGACUGGAGGUAAUGGAGGCAGGGCUGGAGGUGGGACUGGAGGCAAUGGAGGUGGGACUGGCAGUACUGGAGGUAGUAAUGUAGGUACUGAGAGUAAGACUGGAGGUACUGGGAGUGGAGGUACUGGGAGUGGAGGUACUGGAGGUACUGGGAGUGGAGGUACUGGGAGUGGAGGGAGGGGUGGAGGCGGGGCUAGAGGUGAGACUGGAGGUAAUGGAGGUGGUACUGGUGGUACUGGGACAGGAAGUAAUGGGGGUCAGACCGGAAAUAUAAAGCCCGGAUCAUGUCGAGGUGUGCCACCUUGGGCCACUCCAGCAAUGGACAAAUGGUGCAAUGACAACUGCCCACGUGGUUUUUGUCCAGCGUCACGCUGCAAGUGCGAAUACAUCACCAAAAGCGGUUCAGGAGGUGCGACUGGAGGUAUUGGGGAUGGGGGCAAUGGAGGUGGGACUGGGGGCAAUGGAGGUGAGACUGGAGGUAAUGGAGGCAGGGCUGGAGGUGAGACUGGAGGCAAUGGAGGUGGGCCUGGCAGUACUGGGGAUGGAGGUAGUAAUGUAGGUACUGUGAGUAAGACUGGAGGUACUGGGAGUGGAGGGAGGGCUGGAGGCGGGGCUAGAGUUGGGACUGGAGGUAAUGGAGGCGGAACUGGAGGUAAUGGUGGCGGAGCUGGAACUGGAUGCAAUGGAGGUGAGACUGGAGGUAACGGAGGUGGGACUGGUGGUAUUGGGGAUGGGGGCAAUGGAGGUGGGACUGGGGGCAAUGGAGGUGAGACUGGAGGUAAUGGAGGCAGGGCUGGAGGUGGGACUGGAGGCAAUGGAGGUGGGACUGGCAGUACUGGAGGUAGUAAUGUAGGUACUGAGAGUAAGACUGGAGGUACUGGGAGUGGAGGUACUGGGAGUGGAGGUACUGGAGGUACUGGGAGUGGAGGUACUGGGAGUGGAGGGAGGGGUGGAGGCGGGGCUAGAGGUGAGACUGGAGGUAAUGGAGGUGGUACUGGUGGUACUGGGACAGGAAGUAAUGGGGGUCAGACCGGAAAUAUAAAGCCCGGAUCAUGUCGAGGUGUGCCACCUUGGGCCACUCCAGCAAUGGACAAAUGGUGCAAUGACAACUGCCCACGUGGUUUUUGUCCAGCGUCACGCUGCAAGUGCGAAUACAUCACCAAAAGCGGUUCAGGAGGUGCGACUGGAGGUAUUGGGGAUGGGGGCAAUGGAGGUGGGACUGGGGGCAAUGGAGGUGAGACUGGAGGUAAUGGAGGCAGGGCUGGAGGUGGGACUGGAGGCAAUGGAGGUGGGACUGGCAGUACUGGAGGUAGUAAUGUAGGUACUGAGAGUAAGACUGGAGGUACUGGGAGUGGAGGUACUGGGAGUGGAGGUACUGGAGGUACUGGGAGUGGAGGUACUGGGAGUGGAGGGAGGGGUGGAGGCGGGGCUAGAGGUGAGACUGGAGGUAAUGGAGGUGGUACUGGUGGUACUGGGACAGGAAGUAAUGGGGGUCAGACCGGAAAUAUAAAGCCCGGAUCAUGUCGAGGUGUGCCACCUUGGGCCACUCCAGCAAUGGACAAAUGGUGCAAUGACAACUGCCCACGUGGUUUUUGUCCAGCGUCACGCUGCAAGUGCGAAUACAUCACCAAAAGCGGUUCAGGAGGUGCGACUGGAGGUAUUGGGGAUGGGGGCAAUGGAGGUGGGACUGGGGGUAAUGGAGGCGGAACUGGAGGUAAUGGUGGCGGAGGUGGAAUUGGAUCUGAGACUGGAGGUAACGGAGGUGGGACUGGUGACGGGACUGGAGAUGGUGAUGUAGGUACUGGGGGUACGAUUGGAGGUACUGGGGGUACGAUUGGAGGUACUGGCGAUGGGACUGGAGGUAAUGGAGGUCAGACUGGAAAUGUAAAGCCCGGAUCAUGCCGAGGUGUGCCACCUUGGGCCACUCCAGCAAUGGACAAAUGGUGCAAUGACAACUGCCCACGUGGGUAUUGUCCAGCGUCACGCUGCAAGUGUGAAUACAUCACCAAAAGCGGUUCAUUGAAAGUUAAUAUAACAUACGACUCUUGAGAAAUGUAAUAAUAUAUUGUAACCUGAAGAAAGUUUAAUGCAUGUACCUCAGUUAAAUUUAUAAAAUGACAUUUCAGAAAAUGGUUUUGAGUAUGUUUAUGUCAGUUAAAUGUGAUCAAAUAAAGAUUUAAUUAAAUUUUGGUUCUUUUUUUCUAUACAAGAGACACGUAUAGUCCGACCUCUCUAAUUAUUCAAAACAAUGAAGGGAGACAGCAAGGUGUAUGCAGGGUGCGAUAAUUCAGGGUGUGAUAGAACAAACUCAGUACUCAAUGUGUAUUACAUAUAGUCAUUAAAAUAAGGUUCAUAAAGCACAGGUUUCUGAAAAGCAUGAUCAGACUACGAGGUAGAAAAAGAAGCACAAUUGUAAUAUACAAGCAAUCGACUCCAACGUUUCUUAGUGCCAUGAGUCCAAUCAUGUUUCAUACCAAGACAAUCUCAGACACAUGAUAUACCAACUAAAUUACGGUAUUGAAUACCUUGGGCUUGGAAUAGUCAUGUGGUACCAGCAAAAAGUAAGUACGCAGAUAGCAAAAGUACCGCGUACCUACGUGGUACGUGACUGAAAACAAGGAAGUACCAGACCGUAAUAUUGGCGUACCUCCGGUACGUAAGUACGCGAAUUAUCGCACCCUGAGUAUGUAUUAGAGGGUGUACGUUUUUCAAAAGCCAUUUUAGAAGAGAAUAUUUUGAGGAGAGUUUCACUGUACCUGUUACAUACAUUUGGGAGUCCUGGGAAAUUUGCAAACAAACGGGAAAUUGACAGCCCCAAAGGGUAUUGGGCUGUCAAUUUCCCCGCGUAAUGCAAAAUGACUGAAAAACUGCAAACUUCGCAAGGCUAUAUUAUCCGCAUUUUACAACAUUUCACAACGAAACUUUGGAAUAUUACUAAUUUUGUGAUGCUCUUUCAAGCUUUUGUCUAGACUUGUUUAGAUCAAAAUUUAGUCUAUAAUGCAAAUCAGGUCCAUUGAGCCUUUUUCAAAUAAAUCAUUGGGGAGAAACCACUUUGUGUUUGCAGCAGCUGCUUUUUUUAUUAUCCUAUUUAGGGUUGGGCGAUACUAAAAAAAUUAAUUUCACGAUUAUUGUCGAGGAAAUUAUCACGAUAUUCGAUAAUAUUGCGAUAAAUGCAAUAAAACAAUGACCACAUUUUUCAAUUUUAAUUAAUAUCGAAGGAUAGUAAGCUUAUAUAUAAUCUUAUUAAAAACAAGUAUUAAAGUAAUAUGAAGGCUUUUUCUAGUCUAAUAUUUACUGGUCAUUAAACCAGAACUGUCUGUGCAUUUCUGCGCAGUGCCUUCUCUGUCUCCGCUGGUACAAAUGCUGUGGGCACACAGCGCAAGAAAAGCCUGCAAUUUCAUUGUUUAGCGGAUUGAUACAUAAAUAUUAGCUUUUGUAUCGUAUUAAAUUCGUAUUUAAUUCAGGAAAUAAUUUUAAUUCUUUUAAAAAUUAUAUUUUCGAGGAAAUGAAAGAAUUUUUUUUGAUUUUAUCAAAGCUAUAUACACAGGCGAAGCAAUAUCACGAUAGUCAUCGAGCAUGACGAUAAUUUCGAUAUAUCGUCGCUCAAGUUUCUACCUUCGAUAUGAUAAUCGCGAUAGAAAAUAUCACAAUAAAUCAAAAUAUCGAAAUAUCGCCCAACCCUAAUCCUAUUUUGCUAAUGUCCAAAGUUUGCUAUUCUUUUUUAGUAAUUUUCAUUUCGCAGUAAAUUAAAUGGACGAGCCCAAUAUAUUUUCUAGGCAUAAAUUAAUAAAUUAAUCACUUUUGCUUUAUAUAAACACCAAUGUAGAGCAUCAGUACAAAUUUCUCAACACACAGACAGUGGCGGACACAAAAAAUACAAAAGGUUUUGCUGAAUAUUUUGAAAGCUUUCCUAACCUAUUUCACUAUGUUUUUACAUCUACAUAUACCACACAAACUGUUUUUAAUUACUUCAAUAAGUUAUAAAUUUCUUCAAAAUACCCAACAAACCUCCAAUAUGUCUGAUAGUCUUAACACUCCUGGGGCUGGGUGUUCAAAAGCCGAUUACCUUAACCCUAGGUUAACUUAAAAUUCAAAGCAAAUUUCCUGGCAGCUUGUUUAUAAACUUAGGAAUGUUUCUUCAGAAAUUUUGUCGGGAUCGAUAGGAGUUCACUUCUCUGACGUUUCGAGAUAAACAGACGUGCAGAAAUACACAAACCAAAACAGCGGGUUACAUUUUAACCGAGGGUCAGCGCUAACCCACCUUUGAACAACUGGCCCAUGCCUCGUUUGUGGCACAGAAUAGAAAAUAGACCAGGGGCCAGUUGUUCAAAGCUGGGUUAGCUUAACCCUGCGUUAACCACGAAGCAAACUUCCUGACAGCUUGUCUAGAAAUUUGGAAAUAUUUCUUCAGAGAUCUUGUCUAGAUCGAUAGGAGUUUACUUCUCUGAAGUUUUGAAAUAAACGGACGUGCAGAAAUACAUAGUUGGUUAAAUUUUAACCCAGGAUUAUCGCUUACCCAUCUUUGAACAACCGGCCCCAGAAGUCUCACUGAACAGCUUUCCCUAACAUGGUGAGACUGAAAUAUAAAACCCUUUGUUUAGAACUACGUAGUGCGUGCGCAUUUCAUGUUAUGUUGCAAUAUUUGCGUACGGAUAUUCAGUAUAUUCAGCUGUGAGACUCAAAAUAAGUCUGCAUUCGUUGGUUCUGAUCUUGCAAUCAUGAAGUGUAUAUCGUUGGCUAAAAAUUUAACGCCAGAACUUAUAGUCGAAGCAGACGACUUGAGCAGAGGCUCUGCGAAGCAUUUUUUGGAAGCGUAUGCCAAAGAAUUCGAAGCGAAGGAAGCGAGAUCGAGGGAAACACAACGACGUUAUGGAGGGCAAGCCACAGACGAUGAGCUUGUUCGUAAAAACGUAGGCGAUAGAAGAGUGACUAUAGGUUCUGAGGACUAUAUAUACACGAAUAAUGCGGACUGUGGCUUGUUCAAUUCGGUAUUAACAGCGUAUAACAAACAUUGGAAGCUUAGAACAUCGCCAGAGGAUUGGUGGUUUGUUGUAGCGAGACGUGUCGCUAUUGCAAUCGACAAGAACUCGAAGAAAGAAGCAGUUCGCAAGAUGUUUGUCGAACAUGAAGGUAUUAAAGUGCCGAUGCUAUUCUCAGGGGCGCCACCAAAGGGGGAUGGGGUGGAAGAGCGGGGUGACGAAGGGGAGGGGCAAACGGAGGGGGGAGCCCUGGGAGACCUCAUAGUCCUCAUCAACUUUCGAUGCAAGUUUGUUCCGUUUUCAUUGCCAAGGUAAGAAAACACUGCAAGUAGAUGUGCCUGUGGACAACAUCUACGAUGUCGACUAUACUUGGUCUUUCGAUGAAAUGUCCAAGGAAAUGGCAAAGAAUGUCAAAGUCCCCAGUUACGUUGAUGUCAUUUCGGCUGAUUUUUCGUCGACAACCCCAGUGCAGAGGAUUGUGUCGCAAAUCACUUUGAUGUCGUCCUUGCAGGAAUUCUUUGAAUACAAGUAAGUCAUGGGGGUGGGUGUAGAUUUGUCAAAGACUAGUUGGAUAACUAUAUAUGGAGAAUCAGAAACUCCUUUUAUUGACCCAACCUGAUGAUGACUCAAGAUCUGUUUGAGCAAGAGAACGAAUUACGACGACGAAGACGUACUUGACAAGUUUUGACCGUCAUACUAAGUUUGCAUGGGGUCAGCUAGCAGCAGAUGUCUAACGAAGACGGGUUAUAGUUUCAUACAUAUAUGUAGAUUAAUGCUGAGCCUAAUCCCUACCUUAACACAAACAAAACAGUGAGACAUGAAUGACUUUCGGACUGCUGACUUCACAUGAAUCCGUAGCGAGAAUCGAACCUACGACGUACUCCGAGGUGAACGGCCCUUGUUCUGACGACUGCGCCACCGCACCCCUCGUUCUUCUGCUUUCGUUCCGAACGAAUAUUGUGGCAAAAUUCAUCGUGAACUUUUCUCAACGAAAGCAUAAGAACAAAAUACGGGAUAUAGUUUCAUCUCUCGCUGUUUUUGUCUGGGUCAGGGAAAGGAUUAGGCCUUGAGGCCCGUAUUCAUAAACACCGAGACACGCAUUUACAAGACACGUCGAGCAACGACCGGUGACUCCAAACUAUUGUCAAAUACGUCUAAAUUCAUCUUUGUACUUCCUUGCCUUGCUCAAACUUUCUGUGUUUACACAAGAAUUCGUCUGGACUGUAUCAAAAGACCGUCAAAACUCCGACUUAUUCCUUUUAUUGUGUAGGGUGAUGUUAAUGUGUGGAAUCCCGGGUGUUGAAAUGCUCGGCACUGAAGAAGACUGGCAGAAACUACUGUCAAAAUUGGAAGCUUUGAAAACGCUUCUUGAACCAAUCAAAAACGACCUCCAAUUGGACAUACAGAGCUGGUGGUCAGCCGUCAAAGAUGUCUUUGAAAAACUACUGGCCACUUACAGAGGUAAACCAGACUAUGAUUGGUGGUCCCGUAUUGUUACGUAUGAAGACUUUGGAUCGGGUCCGAGUGGCUACACAGGUUGGUUUACAAAAUUCAUGCAGAUGUCGGACGAGCCGAAGGAACUGCAUGAAUUCACCAGCGGACUGGUUACGGUACCACUCACCAUCGCUAAUCCAUCUGGUCUCGAAGACACGGCAGCAUUGGUCGCUGGGUGUCUGGAUUUCACCAUACAUGAAGACGGUGAAGAUAAAGUACCAUCAGUUCAACCAUUUCAGGGUUGGUCUCUUCUGUUGCCUAAAAAUUCACCAUUCCGCGCUGAUAGGCAGUGAUUUGUAUAAUGUCGCAAGAAGAGACAACAUUGUGUAUAAUUAGCAAGUUGAAAUUGUUUAAUAGGAACAAUUUAGACAUGAACAAUUUAAACGCACACAUCAGACUAAAUGUGUUUCUAGAAAAUUGCAAAAUUGCAUGGGGAUAAUAAAUUAGAGGCAUAAGCUUCAUGCUGGGAAUUGAUAUUUGUUGUAAGCUUUACGCUGGGGAUUGAUUAUCACUUAUUUACUGAGACCUCGGUCCUCGGGAAAGCAGUGUGUUUUGUGGCCUCUCAACCGCCGUUGUUGUCCUCGGCUUCGCAUCGGACAACAACGGCGGUCUCGGGUCCACAAACACACUGUUUCCCUCGGUCUCAGUAAAUAAGUGUUUUGUUAUAUAGUAUAUAAGUGUAAAAGUAUGAAUAAUUCACCGGUUAUUGGAGUGAAUUUAAUUUGAAACCAAAACUGGAUAAAUGGAACGCCAUAAAUAUUAAAUAAAAAAAUUUAAAAAUGAACUUUGGAACUUAAUGGUUGACACGCAUGAGUAUUGCACCCAGUUUAUUAUUGACCGGUCAAUAAAUGUUUCAUUGCGGACAAAUUGUAUUCUCUAGUUAUAAUCGGCUUCGGGUAUUUUCAGUUCUAAAUGUUGUCCUGACCAUAUGGAAUUAUAAAUAGCACAUAUGGUGUUAUUUAUAAUCUCUAUGGUCCUGACAGCAUUGACGGUCUUGAUAUAACUUCACUGGUAGAGAAAAAGAAAGCUUUGCCAACUGAUUCUUUCAGUAAUCAAAAAAUUUUCACUCAAUUUUCAGGAAAUCUGUUUUCGGUAGGUUCCCUUAAAGGUCUGGUCAAGCGAGGAGUAAGAAUUGGUGAGAGUCACACACAUUGUUAGGAAGGGCAUUUUAAGCUCUAGAUUAGUAAAAUAAAGAUUUGAUGAGGGUUCCAACUAUGUUUUAACGUCAACCAGUGCCAGUGGCGUAAUGGAGGUAGAGGGGUCCCUCAGGCAUAUUCGUAUGGGCCCCAUGUUGAUUCUUGUCAUUGUUUGACCGAGAUAUUAUAUUUAUAUUGAAUAUUUAUAUAAUUUUCUUGGAAAAUUCCGUAUCUAUAACAGUCUCCAACACAUGUAACAACUAAUAUACAACGGAAUAACUUUUGUUUUAUUUCAUGAUGGAAUAAAAAAAUCAGCUACCGUUGUCGAUGACUGGAGGUAAUGAGGGUGGGACUGGAGGUGACGAGGGUGGAACUGGAGGCAAUGGAGGUGGGACUGGAGGUAACGAGGGCGGGACUGGAGGCGAUGAAGGUGGGACUGGAGGUCCACCAGUCCCACCUCCGUUACCUCCAGUCCCAACUGGGGAUGGGACUGGAGAAAGGACUGGGGGUGAGACUGGAGGUAGGACUAGUGGUGAGACUGGAGGUAAUGAGGGUGGAAUUGGAGGCAAUGGAGGUGGGACUGGAGGUAAUGAGGGUGAGACUGGAGGUGGGAUUGGAGGCAAUGGAAGUGAGACUAGAGGUCCACCAGUCCCACCUCCGUUACCUCCAGUCCCAACUGGGGAUGGGACUGGAGAAGGGACUGGGAGUGAGACUGGAGGUAAUGAGGGUGGGACUGGAGGUAAUGAGGGUGGGACUGGAGGUGACGACGGUGGAACUGGAGGUAAUAAGGGCGGGACUGGAGGCGAUGGAGGUGGGACUGGAGGUCCACCAGUCCCACCUCCGUUACCUCCAGUCCCAACUGGGGAUGGGACUGGGGGUGAAACUGGAGGUGGGACUGGUGGUGAGACUGGAGGUAAUGAGGGCCGGACUGGAGGUAAUGAGGGUGGAACUGGAGGCGAUGGAGGUGGGACUGGAGGUAAUGAGGGUUGA